ACUCAAAGUAGUAUGCCCCUAACUCUACUUGUUCUCAUUCUCUCUGACAAAAUUCUCUCCCUCUCUCUCUCUCUCCAUAUUAUUGUUAUCCAAUUUUGUGUUCCUGGUUAUCACUAAUCUAGUAAGCAUGAGACUUAUAGAUAAUAAAGUAGAGGAUGAACAAACAUACUUGAAACAACUAUCCACACCACUCCAAGAAACUAGCCACUAUCCAUCACCACCACCAACAACAACCACCACAUCACCACCAUCUCCCUCUUCAUCUCCCACCCAUGAAUUCUCCUUCGCAGUCUCCCUCCACCCACUCCUACCACCAACCACCACUUAUGAUACUAAUAACAAUCAUAAAACCAAUACAACUACCACCACCACCACUCUUCAACCACCAUCACCACCACAACCACCGGCAGCUAUAGACUUAUCUCCGGCGGAUGACAUCUUCCUCCACGGCCACCUCCUCCCUCUCCACUACCCUAUCCCCCACCUCCCUGACUCCCCUCGCUCAUCAACCAACUCAAUGGACAGUUUUACCCUCCCCAUCAACCUACUCUACCACCACUCAAACCCCAUCGGAAACACCAGCUUCCACUGCCACCACCACACCACCUUCUCCGACUCCGACGAGCCUGAUGUCACCACCACCACCACUCCCACCCCACCAAAGCCCAAACCCUUUUCAAUCUUUAACAUACCCAAGUGGAAAAAAAGGCCAGACAAUGAAAUAUCAACAGAUGAAGACCAAACCAAAGACAGAACCACCAAGAAACUUAAGUUAGACUUAAGUCAACUCAUCAAGAAGUACAUGAAAAUGGUGAAACCUUUGUUAUCAUUUCCAAAGUCAACAAAGAGGUCAAAUUACUCAAAUAGUACAAGAUAUAAGUAUAACAACCAUCAGUCAUACUCAUAUUCAAGCAACUCAUUGAGUCGAAAACAACCGGUGGAUAUGAUGAGUAAAGUUGGUCGGAGAAGAGGUCAGUUUUCAGCUCCAGCUUCCAUGAGGGCUUCUCCAGCGAACAGCGGGAUACUUCUGGCAUCAGGGUGUGUGAGUCCAGCGAAAAGCACGAGUGAAAGUACUAUGGAAGAGUUGCAAGCUGCAAUACAAGCUGCCAUUGCUCAUUGUAAGAAUUCUAUUGCUAUUGAAGACAAAGUUCAUGAAUCCCAAAGAUCAUAAAUGUUUGUUUAAUAAUUUUUUUUACGAUAAUUGUAUGUUUAAGGGGUGUUUUGGUUUAUGAUAAUAUGGUUUUAGGAGCUCCAUAAGGUUAUUUUUUAAAUGUUGUGGAUAUCUUGAGUACCGUACGAUCAUGUGGUCAGUUUCUUUUGUGUUCCCCGUAUACAUUUAUACGGAUCUUAGAUGUACGUAAAUUUUUUUCUAUAAAUGUGUAGGACCCGUAUGUGUAGGUGUUAAGAAUUUGGCUAUAUAUAUGGAAUGGAAAAAUAAAAUGAAUGUA